AUGCGUAGGCAUCGUGUUGAUGGGGAAUCCUUCAUUUUAAUCGAUUUAUUUUCAUAUUACGCAAGUGCAAAACCAAAACCAAAUAGAAAAGAUGAAAGCGAAUUAACAGGGCUUCAUGGUACAUAUCACCCGAAUGAAGCUGCAGUCUCAGUUGGAGCCUGUUUGUCAUGUUCUACUGGCACCUACAAUCCCAACACUGGAAAAGGGAACUGCACAAGAUGUCCUCAUGGAACAUAUUGUGAUACAACUGGAACAACAUCGUAUAAAGAGUGCCCACCAGAAACUUAUCAACCGAGCGAGGGUGCAAUCUCGGCUCAAACUUGUUUAAAAUGUCCCGCUGGUACUUCGCAUCCAUUGUCUGCUGGAUAUGAAUGUUAUCGAUGUCCUGAAAGUUAUACCUGCAACGAUCCCGAUGUAGCACCAAUAGCUAUAUCGAAUGGAACAUCAUCGACAUCAGCUGCGUGCUCGUCUGCAACUUUUCCAACAAUAGAUUUAUCAACAUCAGAUUCAUCGGCGUCCGUUUUAGCAACGGUUAUUUCAUCGCACACAACCUUAUCAACGAUAGCUGUAUUUAAUAUGGCAAUUGCAGCGACUGGAACUUUGUCUGUAGAAGCGAGUCAGACAUUGAUAACGAUGCUAGUAUGGAGUAUAAUGUUGAGUAUUUACCAUUAA